AUGGCAAAAAAAGGGAAAAGACAUCAAAAAAAAAAUUCACAAGAUAUCAACAAUGAAGAAGAGACUGAACCAAUAGAAGAAGCAGUCGAAGAAUUAAAAGAAGAAAAAGAAAUACCAAAAGAAAUCGUAGAGGAAACUAAAGAAAAAUCAUCUGAACCAAAAGAAGAAAUAGUUGAAGAACCAAAAGAAGAAAAAGAGGAUGAAAUAGAGCAAAAAGAAGAAACUGAAGAAAAAGAACAAACUGUAACUGAAAAAUCAAAUGAAGAAAAAAAAGAAGAUAAUAUGUGGGCUGAUGAAGAUGAAAUCGAAAUACCAAAUGUUGAAGGGUUAAACAAUGAUAUCCCCGAAGAAGAGAACAAGAAAUAUAUUAUAAAGAAAAAAAAAGUUAUAAAGGUAAAAAAAGAAAAGAAAGAAAAACCACCAAAGAAGGAACCAGAACCAACUCCACCACCACCACCACAACAAUCAUCAGGAUGGGGAGGAUGGUUUUCAUCAAUUGGUAAUGCAGUAUCAAAUACAAUUACUCAAAUUGCCCGUGUAGAUUUAGAAGACAGUGAUGAAGAAUCUGAUGAAGAAGUCAUUGUUGAAGAGGAGGUAGAACUUACCAAAGAAGAGUAUGAAAGAUAUUUAAAAAAUAAAAAUCAACGUGAAGAAGAGUUUGAUGAGGAGGGAAAUGCAAUUUUAGAUGCUAUAGAUAAUGGUGUAUUUAAAACAGCAGAUAUGAUUGCAGAUUCAUUAUUUUUUGCUGGUAAUUUCUUAUCAAGUGGCUUUAAAUCUGUUCAAGAGAAUGCCAAUUUGGAAAAUGUUAACGCUAUCACUCAAGAAGUUUCAAAUAUGUCAUCAGAAACCAAAAAUAAAAUUUCAAACUCUGAACUCUAUGGUAAAAGUCAAAAAAUUGCUACACAAAUGAUGGACUCUUCAGUAGAUGCAUUAGAAUCUGUUGGCCAAAGAGCUUAUUCAAUGUUUUCAACUCAAUUAAAAUUAAAUAAAAAUGCGCCAGGUACAGGUGGUAAUACAAAUAAAUCUGAUAUUCCACAAGCAAAUGAACCUUCAAAUAUUACAGAUAAAUCACCAGAAAGAAAAAAACAGACUUCGAAAUCACCAUCAACUGAAACCACUACUACAACUAGCAGCACAGAUAUUGAAACCCCAACCAAACAAUCAUUAAAAAAGAGCAACGAUGACGAUGAAGACACUAUCGAUAUGGAAUCAUCUAUUUUUGAAGCAGGCGAAUUUGAUUCAAGUGUUUGUUCUGAACAUUAUAAUAUUACCAAAUUCACUCAAGAUAUUGAAAAGAUUUCAGUUGAAUCAACUAUGAAAGUUCAUCAAAUUAAUAGAAAGGUUGUAUCAGGUUCUACAAUCAAGUCACAAGUCGAAACUGUAUUAUCAGAAAUUAAAGAGUUAUUUGAAAGUGAAGAUAUAGUCCCAAAUACCAACAACGAAAAUAACAAGUUAACAUUUAGCAAUAUCCACGUCUUUGAAUUAGAAAAGAAAUAUACUAAAUUUUUUGACUGUUUACAAGAAUAUAUCCCAUCAUUAAAGAGUCAAUCCAUUGAGUUGGGUUUAUGUCGUGGUUUAGAAAAGAUUUAUCAAUUAGCAUCUAUCGGUUUAGAAUUAAUCGCAACUAUUGCCGAAAGUAUUCCAGAUGAAAAACCAUCAGAGAAACCAAGCUCAACUGAUGAAAUUAAAGAUUGGACAUUAGAAAAAUCAAACCAACUUUUAUUCUUAAUUACUAAAAUUUUACAAGAUAUUAAAGUAAUCUCAUCAAUGUUAGCAGAGAUUGUCAAAUCUAAACAAACUCCAAACUCAAGAAAACUCUUAAAUAGCCUCCACGUUGAAACCACAAAUGCUUCAUCAUAUGUUCAAGAUACCAAAGGUGGUUUGGCAAAUAUUUGUCAAAUUAUGUAUUUAAAUGAAAUUAAAACUUCAAUUAAAGGUUCAUCAAGUCCAAACACACCAAUCAGAAAAAAUAAUAUUUAA